GUUUUAGGCCUGCAGGAUGAAUCUGGAAAAACUUAGCAAGCCGGAGCUCCUCACACUGUUUAGUAUUCUUGAAGGGGAGCUUGAAGCCAGGGACCUUGUGAUCGAAGCUUUAAAGGCUCAGCACCGAGACACUUUCAUUGAAGAACGCUAUGGCAAGUACAACAUCAGUGACCCUUUAAUGGCACUCCAGAGAGACUUUGAAACUCUGAAAGAACAUAAUGACGAAGACAAGCAGCCGGUCUGCACAAACCCGCUCUCGGUUCUGAAGGCAGUGAUGAAGCAGUGUAAGAACAUGCAAGAACGCAUGUUGUCCCAGCUGGCUGCUGCCGAAAGCCGACAUCGAAAGGUGAUCCUAGACCUGGAGGAAGAAAGGCAGAGGCACGCUCAAGACACAGCAGAAGGGGAUGAUGUCACCUACAUGCUGGAGAAGGAGAGGGAGCGACUAACUCAGCAGUUGGAGUUUGAAAAAUCCCAAGUGAAAAAGUUUGAAAAGGAGCAGAAGAAACUGUCAAGUCAGCUGGAAGAAGAGCGUGCCCGCCACAAGCAACUCUCCUCCAUGCUGGUGAUCGAGUGCAAGAAAGCCACCAACAAGGCGGCCGAAGAGGGCCAGAAAGCUGGAGAGCUGAGCCUGAAACUAGAGAAGGAGAAGAGUCGUGUGAGUAAGCUGGAGGAAGAGCUCGCAGCCGAAAAGAAGAGGGGCUUGCAGAUUGAGGCCCAGGUGGAGAAGCAGUUGUCUGAGUUUGACAUCGAACGAGAGCAACUGAGAGCCAAGCUGAACCGAGAAGAGAACCGGACCAGAACCCUGAAGGAGGAGAUGGAGAGUUUGAAGAAGACGGUGAAGGAGCUGGAAGCUUCUCCCCAGCAGAGCGGUGCGCAGUCACCAGCCCUGAAAGUUGGAGCCACAUCCAAAGGCACUGGCACCGAGUCUCCCAUGCUGGUAUCUGUGUGCUGCCAGACAGAAAGUUUCCCAGCAGAAAGAACCCACGGGAGUGGGAUCCCCAAGGGGGCCACCACGACACCACCUAGUUCCACCACCUCCACUUGCUCUUAUGCAAAAGCUAAUGGCCACUUGGAACCUGAACUACAAACAGCCAAGGAGCCAGUGGCUGGAAACAGUGGAGAUAGCCCAGCUCUUCGCGUGGGAUUGGCCCAAGAGAAAGCUGUUGAGAAUGGGGGGUGUGCCGUGGGUGUGGACGCUCCAGGCCCCACACCCAGUCACCUCCCAUCCAGUGGGAGCUCCCUGUCUCCUAGCAGUACAGCUUCCUCCUCCCUCACCUCCUCACCCUGCUCCUCCCCAGUUCUGACCAAGCGUCUCCUGGGCUCCUCAGCUGGCAGCCCCGGUUAUCACUCCUCCUACCAAGUGGGGAUCAACCAGCGGUUCCACGCAGCAAGGCACAAAUUCCAGUCCCAAGCAGAUCAAGACCAGCAAGCCAGCGGCCUGCAGAGUCCACCAUCUCGGGAUCUGUCCCCUACCCUCCUAGACAACUCUGCCGCCAAGCAGCUGGCCCGUAACACGGUCACUCAGGUGCUCUCUAGAUUCACCAGCCAGCAGGGCCCCAUCAAGCCCGUGUCACCCAAUAGCUCCCCCUUUGGCACAGACUAUCGGAACCUGGCCCCCUCGGCCAACUCCAGAAGUGACACCAGCCAUUCACCCACUCCUGGGAAAGUGUCCAGUCCUCUGAGUCCCCUUUCUCCAGGGAUCAAGUCUCCUACCAUCCCCAGGGCUGAGAGAGGCAAUCCUCCUCCUAUCCCCCCCAAAAAACCAGGCCUCGCCCCUUCUCCCUCUGCUACCACACCACUGACCAAAACUCUUCCCCAGGCCUCAGGCCUGACCACCUCCGAGGACCUCACCAGCAGCUGUUCCACUAACCCGGUUGUGGCCAAUGGCAAGGAUGUGGAAAUCCUCUUGCCCACCAGCAGCUAGUGGCCUAGGGGACCAAUUUGCCACCUCUGACAUUCCUUCCGACUUCAGCCCAGAGCUCAGAGUCACACCAUCCAACGAGGGCAUGUUAUUUAUUUUGGUAGUAGCCAGAACCAGAUAUCUGUGUAAUACAGUUUGUGUAGCCCACCUUUUUUUUUUUUGUAUUCUUUAGUCGUACCCGGGUCAUUUGGAAUUUUACGACUCACGUCUCUGGGCUGAAGCUGAAUGGGCCCCUCACACCGUCUCCAGCUUGGCCAUCAUCCUCCUGAUCACAAUCAGGAAAGUUGAAUCCAGGGGUGACGAGCCUGUCUAGAUUGAGGACUAGAAUUCCUCUCUUCUCAUUUUGACGUAUGCAGAAGUGGUUCAUGCAGAUUUUUAUUCCAGAUGAAUAUGUUUUCAAAGUGCCUGAAAUCAGACUGCCAUCUGAAUGUGAUUCUGCAGCGAAAACACGAAAACAGAGCAUCGAAAUGGG